AUCUGCAGGAAGUUAAAUUAGCCACCGUCCUCCUCAUGGAUGUUGUACUUUAUACCUAUAUGAAGGUAAAUUAGGCACAUUUUAUAUAGAUGCCGGGGGAAAACCACCGUCUUGCCAAGUACCUGUAUAUUGUAUAGUCCUACAGGCCUAUGAACCCCAUGUCGGGACAACGGGUCUGGAGAGGCCGUGGGCUGUUGGGUCCUUAUGAUAUAGAAUACCUUGUCUUAUUCAUCAUCUCUCUUCGAUAGUUCGAUAAUUUAUACCGAUAAUUUAUAAGAUACCUUGUCUUAUUCAUCAUCUGUUGUCUAUAGUUCGAUUAUUUGGAGAAGCCCUGUAGUAAAUAAAAUUUAAGUUAAUAGUAUGAGAUAUACAGUGAUAUAAUCCGUAUGUCUUUUUAGUGAACACAAAUGUGUAACUAUAUCCCACUACUUAACAUUUCGCGCCAUGUGUGUGGUCAUGCGCACUACACCGUCCUCCUGAUGGAUGUCCGUUCUCCUGGUGGAUGUACUUCCGUUCCCCUCGUGGAUGUAGGCUGACGAGUACUGUUGCAUAGGUCUCCACUGGCUUAGCUAAGUUCCCUCCCAACCGGAACUUUCAGGUCUUCAAGCACUUUCUCUUUCCAGUCAGCAGAAGAGGGUUGAUUAAAAAGCUACACUUAUAAAACAGUCGGUUGUUGGACUAAUAACAAAUUAACCUGUUAUUCAAUAAUACAUGUAUGUCGGAUUGGGGUUCACGAAAAACGCUCAUACAUUCUCGAAAACAUGACGUUAAGCACUGGAUGCCCUUUUGCUAAUCUGUUGAAGUAACACUUUUAGCUUUAACAUUCCAUAUUUGUUGGGUUGUUACAUUAACGGCACCCUUCGAACACGGCACGAAGCCAACCUGGUGAGGUUUUCCGGUCUGGAUAAGGACGCCUGCUGGCAAUGGUACCUCAACUGUGUCAUCACUUCCGGAAGACAAGAGGCAUUAAGUUUUGGAAGGAAAACAACACAUGCACGUGGUCUCCUGUCAUUUCGCACAAAGAAACACUCCUAGAUGGUUAAAAUUACUUGUGUUCGGAAAUAGUGUAGAUUUGUGUCAAAUGAAAAGGACUGAGGGUGUUGAAUUGGCAUAGCAACCCUCGUCAUCUUAACUACAACAACACGCCCUUGGCUUAUACAACUGCAUUAUGUAAAAUUGACUAUUUCGUAAUGUGAAUAAUCUAAAAAUUAGUCGCCCGACGGAGAGCAGUAGCGAGGACAAGAAACACGGACUCGGCUGAACACCGACAGGAAAGAAGCCAAGUUUGUUUAGUUCGGGGUUUAUGUAAUGGCUCAUUCAGGGGUGAACAACUCUGUUUUGACCUUACGAUGGUUGACUCGUGUAGCUGCCUGCUGUCGCACACUGCCUAAGCAUAGGCGUGGUGUGUUUCUGACUGCUGGAUGCGUGAGGAGUGUGCAGAACGACUCUACAACACGGGUUACAGGAGAAAAGAAGCUGCUGAGCCUCUCAUCCCUGAUACGACAAGAUGGACUGGAAAUCCAGGAGCUGCCAAUCAUUGUGAAGAGAGCAUCUCAGACGUUCUCACCUUUUUCCAAGAUAUUGUCUUGUGCGGACAGUGUGAAAAGCUUGACUGAACAGGAUGAGAAUUUUAAACUCAACUUACAAAACUGUGUGACUGUGAAGCAGGUGUUUAAGUUGUUAGAAGUUCCGUCUGAUCAAGUUACUGGAUACUCAGCGGCCUUUGCCCUGCAACGGAUUUCUCAACUUCGAGAAACCUCUGUGGCAUGGGAUGGGGAUGACAUUGACAACUUCAUCAGGACUGCAGUUAUGAACGAGCUCUAUGACACUGUCAUCAGAGACAUCAGCUGUUUGUCUGACGAGACACUUAUCGGUCUAGUCAAGUGUUACCUCUCGUCCGAUAACUUUAGUAAACAGUGUGUUCUUGCAAUAAACACCGAGAUAGAAAACAGGUUGGCAGAAAGUAAGUUUGACCUGGAUGAUUUGUGUAAGAUAAGUAAUGACCUGCUGAGACACAGAAGCACUGAGCAGGACCUGAUAGAGAAAAUCUGGGCUCACGUAGGUAUGCGGACUGGGGACCUGAAUGAGAAUAAUAUUACGAGUAUAUACCGAUCCCUGCCAGUCAAUCAAAAGCACCUCAUUAAAAUCCUUGAUCGCCAUCUUUUACGGUGUUGGUGGAAGUUAACAGGGGAAGAUGUAGCCCACGUCAUGCCUUGUUUGGUAAGAUUGAAAAGUGAAAAUAGAUCUGUGUUAACAGCUUUUGGAAAAUGGGUUUUUAUGAAUUUUCACACGAUAACUGAUGCCCAGUUGACAAAUGUUCUUGCCGGCUUUGUCAAGUUUAACUUUUAUGACGCUAAUUUGGUGAAAGCGCUGGAGCGUUACAUCCCAGCAAAAGACGUGAAACUGGACACAAACUUAUUGGCUCUGGUGAUGGAGUACAGCAGAAGUCAGCGCUUUCUGUCUCCCUGUAUCUUGGACACUGCUGCUGCACAUUUUCAGCAGAACUACAAAGAUUACAAACCUCUUCAAGCCUACUCCAUUCUCAGAACGUUUGGAUACCUCAGCUAUGCCCCGAGAAAUUAUCAACUUUUUAUGUGUAUUGAAGAUUAUCUUGAGCAGAAGUUCAAUCAGUUUUCUAUCCCCCAUAUUACCGAGUUGCUGUGUUCAUUCUCAUUCAUUGGAAGACACCCUAUUAAUUUUGCUGAGAGAGUCUUCUCUGCAUCUUUUCUCAGCCGGGUACAUAGUAUGAAUGAUGAAGUCCUAAAAUGCAAAACAGAGAAAAGUUUGGAGAUGCUCCAGUCAGCUAUUAUAUUAGAGACGAAAGAGAGAGUUAAUAAUCUGUAUAAAGUUCAGGCACCAUCUUCUCAUUGUUGGAUGGAUGAGAGGCAUCAUAUGCUGCAUAACCAGAUGUACGAAGCCUUGGUUAGCCUGGUGGGACCAGAUAUGGUCACCCGUGCUAGACUAUCCAGUAGGAGUGCUUACUUCAUUGAUUUCGCUCUAUGCUGUCACCCAGAUGGGACACUCAUGAAUAAUUCCUACAUUUCUUUGAAGAACCACCUGUAUCCUCACAAGUAUGCAGUAUUGCUUCAAAUGCCAGAAUCCUACUGUGUGAACACAGGUCACAUGUUGGGAGAGUUUGCCAUGAGGAAACGACAUCUAAAACUGCUGGGAUAUCAUGUGAUUGAGUUCCCAUAUGAAGAAAUAAAACAGUUAUCAUCUGUAGAGAGGGAGGAGUACAUAAAAAGAAAAUUGCCCAAGGUAAAGAUUCCCAAAGUGAAACCUGUGGUGACAUCGCUGGAAGACUCAUGACCUUGUGUAAAGUUAAUGGAAGUGAAACCUGUGGUGACAGACCUGAAAGACUGGUGGCAUCAUGUAUAAAGAUACGUAAAGUGAAACCAGUAGUGACAGACCUGAAAGACUGGUGGCAUCAUGUAUAAAGAUACGUAUAGUGAAACCAGUAGUGACAGGCCUGAAAGACUCAUGGCAUCAUCUGUUACAUUGCACUGAAGCUGAGAAUGCUGUUAUUCACUUGAUGGAUAGAAUGUUGUGAACGAUGUGAUCUUGUUUAUGGUCUUUCUGGGAAUUUAAGAUUUGAAGUGAUAAAGUAAAUAUAAGUAAGUCCCAAGAUUGCUUUUAGUACAAUGAAUGUUCUUAUUUUUAAAUUACAAAGUAAAUAAAUAUAAACU